AUGCCUCGUCGAUUUCACAAGAAGUCCAGAAAUGGAUGUGACCAGUGCAAAGAGCGGCGUGUCAAGGACCAGUGUGACGAGACGCGUCCCCUGUGCACUACAUGCACCUCUCGGGGGCUUUCCUGCACUUAUACAAAGCCCGCUUCUCGGAAAAGACCAGCCGAAGGACCGUCUCCGACGUCGACGUCAGCGGAGCCCAAAUCACCAGCUAGUCCUAUGCCGAAUCUUCAGACUAGAACAUACGAUGUACGACAUCUGCAAUUGAUGCACAAAUUUUCCACAGAGACAUAUAAAAGCCUCUGUGGCGACGAGUCAGACAUGGAGGACUGGCAGAUUCUUAUUCCCAAGCUUGCAUACAACCAUGAAUUCCUCUUGAAUGGCAUCUUUGCCCUCUCAGCCCUUCAUACAGUAGCUACUACCUCAGACACGGAGGAAGCUCUAUCUUUUCUGGAUACCGCGCUGCAUUGCAAUGAACUUGCUUUUGCGCCUUUUCGAGAGGCUUUGAGUCACUUGACACCACAGAAUUGCGACGCUGUCUUUGCUCACUCCGCAAUUAUCGCCCUCAUUGGCAUCGCAUUGCCCCGACUAAAUGCCCGAUAUCGGGGCGAAUGCUUUAGCAUGAUAGAAACGAUGAUGACAGUAUUCGAGCUCUUGCAGGGAGCAAGCAAAAUAUCACGCAUCAGCAGGCCAUGGCGACAGGCAACCAUAUUCUUCAAAUACGAUUUCUGGCGCAUGGAAAAUACUCCGCUGGACGCAGACAUGGCCGGAGCUAUCGAGAAACUCCGAGAGCUGAAUCGUUGCAUUGUAAACACAGACUCUGCGCAGUUUCAUAUCAAUCAAGAAGCUAUCGAUUCUCUUCAGGACUCACUGGCAAAGUUCACUCACGCGCCACACCCUGCACCGAUAUUAGCUUGGCUGACCUACGUCAAGAGAGAAUUUGUGGAUGGGCUACGUGUGCGUCAGCCAUUUCAACUUCUGAUCCUAAUGCACUGGGCGGUUCUUCUGAAAGAAAUGGAGGCCCAUUUUUGGUGGGCCCAAGGUUGCGGACAGGCGCUUGUCGCAGAGUUGUCAAAUGAGCUAAAAGACCAGAACGAGAACUGGACGUCGGCAUUGCGUUGGCCACAGCAUAAGGUUGGAGUAUGA